GUGGAGGGACACUGAGGAAAGAUGGAUGGAUUGAUUGAUGGAUGGAUAGAAAGAUGCAUCUAUGGUUGAAACAGGUCUCUAUGAAGUCCUAUAACACCGUGACACCCCCUGGCGGACGGAUGCGGCGCUGCAGCAUUAUCAGCUGAGAAGUGUUAAGUUUCGGUUUCUUUUACUCGGAAACGACAGUGAACUCUCCUCCCCCCCUUGAAGGCAGCAGACUUCAAGUCUCCUGCUGCAAAGGGACAGACAGAGAUGGAGGAGUCAGACAUUUUCAAGUUCAUCUGCGCCAACAGAGGAGCGGUGCACACCGAGGACCUGUAUAACGUGGGCUCCGCCAACGUGUCGCAGAUCAUCGGCAGGAGUGAGAGGUUCCUCCUGUGUGGAGGAGUCGGGGGGCAGCAGCAGGAGGUGGUGGUGGCCAGGACCAGUCUGAGGCUGUGCAGGGCCAGGGACUGUCCAGGGACAUGUUCGAAACUCCACCUGUGUAAACACUUCCUCUUCAGCGGCUCGUGCUCCUUCAGGGGGCGAUGCAACUUCUCCCAUGAGCUGAACACUGACCACAAUGAAAGGGUGCGGAGGGACCAUAAAGUGGAGAGUCUGAGCAGGACAGAGCUGUGCACACUGCUGCUGCAGAACGAGCACACGCUCUUGCCUUCUAUAUGUCACGAUUACAACAACGGCGAUGGAGAGUUUGGCCGGUGUCAGGGUGGAUUUGGCUGCGAAAGACUGCACAUCUGCGAGCGGUAUUUGAUGGGGAACUGCAGCUGCUACAGGACUCAUGAUUUCAAUGCUCCACAGCCACUGAAAAUCCUGAAGGAUAAAGAUGUGCCUGACGAAAUCAUCCUCUCCUUGAAGUUCGUCUACAGAAACAAAGAAGCUUUAAGGUUGUCUGGCCACAGGGGCAAUCGUCACGGGCAGCAACCAAGGUCUUCUACCAGUGAUGGCUAUGCUGCUGCCAACUUUACUGGCACUAGCAGUCUGAAUUUCACACCAAGCUACAGAGGACGAGGCGGUUUCCGGGGAAACAGGGGCAACUUUGGCAACAGGGGAAUUCGGGGCAAUAGGGGAAAUUGGGGCAAUAGGGGAAAUUGGAGCAAUAGGGGAGUCCGGGGGAACAGGGGAAUUCAGGGCAACAGGGGAAACCAGGAUGGCCUUAAACAGCUUCAACGAUCCGGUUCCACUAGUGACAUCCUCGUUGAUCUCGAUGACCUCGAUGACUUAGAUCUGUACACCGAAGAUGGACUUAGCCAAGGCGACAGUGAGCAGCAACAACUAAACUCUUCCUCCAACACUGAUGCGAACAGCGACAAUGGGAGAGGUGGUUACAAGGGCAACUCUGGAAACAGGGGCAAUGGGAGAAACAGGGGAAACAGGGGCAGCAGGGGAAACCAGGGUGACCUCCAACAGCGGCACAGAUCCUCUUCCUCUGGUGACCUCCUCUCUGAAUUCGAUACCUUAGAUCUCUGCAGUUCUAUAGAAUGGACUGAAGACUUAGCAGGUGCGGUGGGAGGCUCAGAAGUGAUGGGUGGUUACAAGGGCAACCAGGGAAACAGGGGCAACUAUCAACCACUGCAGAAAACCAACAAUGAUGACCCAAACAAGAGACCAAGACAAUGGCCUGUCAGAGAUAAAACUGAGAUCUGUCUUUAUUUCAUCAAAGGACACUGUAAACAUGAGGAUAAGUGUUUCAAAGCUCAUGACAAGAUGCCGUACAGGUGGGAGGUCAGAGAGGGGAAUCAGUGGACUGCCCUGCCCGACAAUGAGGCGAUUGAAAAGGACUUCUGUGACCCCCAAAACUCAUACAGUGGUACUACCCAGCCUGUACAUUUUGACACGAUGACCUGCGGACCCAACAAAGUGCGACGACUCUCCACCGCUAACUCUGUGGCUGAGCCGACCUACAUGUACACCACCGAGUGGGUCUGGUACUGGGAGGAUGAGUUAGGAAAGUGGAACGCGUACGCUUCAUCCACUGGAGGACACAAGGCAGCAGACAUGGACAGCUCUGAGCUGGAGAAGAAGUUUCUGGUCAACGCCAGUGACGUGGUGGACUUUACCGCUGAUUCACAGUUGUAUUCACUCAGUUUCCAGGACAUGAUACAAACAAACAAGCAUUAUAACACAAAAAGGCUCGUGAGGAGACGGCCCCGGUUCGUCUCUGCAGUCGAUAUCCAAACAAAGAGAGUGAGGAGGCCUUUGUUAGCCACAAACUUUUUUCCUGUACCAGACCACUGGGACAAGACACUGAUUCCUACAACAGGAUACAAGCGGGUCUCCGUGCAGCGCUUCUCAGUGGAAUAUAAGGAGAUUAAAGAUCUGUUCUGUGAAACCAUGAGAGGCUUUGACAUCGUGGCAAUCGAGAGGAUUCAGAACAAAGCACUGUGGGAAAGCUUUCAGUUGCAGAGGACUCAGAUGAGAAACAAAAAUGCUGGACGCAACGUGACCGAAAAAAAGCUCUUCCAUGGCACCGACUCCAAACACGUAGAUGCCAUCUGCCUCACCAACUUUGACUGGAGGAUCUGCGGAACUCAUGGAACUGCUUUUGGCACAGGUAGCUACUUUGCCCGCGACGCCAAUUACUCCCACUCCUACACCUGUGACUCUGACGUCAAAUCCAUGUUCAUCUCCCGGGUGCUGGUGGGACACUACACCAAAGGUUCCUCUGACUACCGCCGACCUCCUUCCAAGGACGGCGGGGACGUAAACUUCUAUGACAGCUGCGUGGAUGACACCAAGAACCCGUCCAUCUACGUCGUGUUCGAAAGGCAACAAAUCUACCCUGAGUACCUGCUGCAGUACAAGUCCUCAGGCCUCAAUGAAGUAAAGCCACCGACCGCUCCUAAACCGAGCUCUGCAAACACCAAUGCUAGCUCAUUAUAUUAUCCCUCAUUUGUCCGCAGCACAUCAGCUCCGUCUAACACAGCUUCAAACCGACCCAGCAAUUUGAGUUACAAUUCCAACUCAAGCACUUACCAGUUCCAACGCGCCCGUUUUUCUUCACCUUCACCUGAAAAGGAUCCGUCUAGUUCCUGUGUCAUUGCUUAGGUGCAAAGGUGAAGUAAAUGGUUCACACAAUAGUAGAAAUCCUUUUUGUUUGACAUGAGAAGAGAAUCGAUAGAGCUCAUGCAGAAUGCUUUGGAUAAUUUGGUGCAUAGAUUAAAAAUGGUAAGAAACUUUAAAGUGUGUAAUGAGGAGUGGAGAGGUGCUUUUGAAGUUAAACUCAAAUUAUUAACCACACAGAUAGAAACAGUAGGAAAACAGGAAAUACAAAUGAUGAGUUGAUUCACAGUAACCGGCUCAGCAUUGAAAUGUAACAUGUUUUAAAUCCAAUACCUGGAAUUCCUGAAAAAUCUUAAUCUGAUCAACCAGCGUUUUGCAAAUGUUAAGUGUUUAUAAACAGUUAAUUGGUGCUAAUUGUUCAGCGAGGCACCGUUAUUCCUUGCAUUUCCUCUAUCGCAGUUUUCUGUGGCAUCCAGGUAUGUUAUGAUGAAUUAAGUUUUUAUAGGUAUAACAGAUUCAAACCUUUCCUGCACAUUAAACCUCUUCUCUGCUGUAUUUCAAUUUCUUCUAUAAUAUCCACUCUCACAUGAAAGUAAUGUUUAGCCGUCGUUGUCUUAACACUAAUAAAGGAUGAAACGUGACUGCAGUUCCAAUAGAUGUGAGGAAAUGUUAAACACCACAAUCCGAUUAAAACUGCUCAGCUGCUCUGUUGGAUUUACUGAGACAUUAUUUGAAUGAGGAGAUGCUGCUGCACAGUACUGCAGCCAGUAGAGGGCGGUACAAUCAAUUGCUGACAAUUCAAAUAUACCCGUAAUGGCUUCUAUCACAAAAAGGUUUUGGUUUCACACAAUGUUUAUUUGGGGGUGUGCAGUUAUUGAUUAUUGACAUCACCGCUUUCAGAUGAUGUGUAGAGUCAAUUACAGUAUGAUUGCUCUGUCGCUGAAAAUAUUGUAUCGUUCAAACUAUUAAUGUUGUGCAUUAAAAAUAAAUAAUGGGCACACUGGCUCACAUUA